CAUGCAGAACUCUGCAUGGAAGAAACAAAAAAGUUGUUGGACUUCACCUCUCAUUCCUAUGACUCCAAAGAAACCUCAGCAGUGGCUGCAAGUGGUCGGACAUGCAGGGAGCUUUCAUGUCGGGGAUUAUGGCACGCUGCUGAAGAGGUUUUGUGAGGGUGAGCAACAGUGCUACCUGAGACUGAUGGAGGACACUCUGAGGCCCUUUGUUCCAGCCUACCACGGUGUGGUGCAGCGCGGCGAGCAGGAUUACAACAUGAUGGAUAACUUGUUGACCCAUUUCAACACACCUGCCAUCAUGGACUGCAAGAUGGGCAGCCGCACGUACCUCGAGGAGGAGCUUGUAGUGGCCCGAGAACGGCCUCAGCCUCGUAACGACAUGUAUGAGAAGAUGGUGGCAGUGGAUCCAGAGGCGCCAACAGUUCAGGAAAGAGCCCAGCAGGCAGUGCUGAAAACCAGGUACAUGCAGUGGAGGGAGACGCUGAGCUCCACAGCAAGUCUGGGGUUCCGUGUUGAGGGAUUCAGGAAGGCAAAUGGAGAAUGCCAGACGAACUUCAAAAGGACUAAAAGCAGAGAACAAGUGGUGGAAGCUCUCGACAGCUUUGUUGAGUCCAAUACAAACAUUGUGUGGGGCUAUCUGAGGCGACUGAAACAGCUGCGGCAGGUCUUGGAGGCAUCACACUUCUUCAGAACACAUGAGGUUGUGGGCAGUUCUUUAUUGUUUGUACACGACUGGACCGGCAAAACAGGAGUCUGGAUGAUUGACUUUGGGAAGACGGUGAGCUUGCCACCGCACCGCACCUUGGACCACCGCACCCCGUGGGCAGAGGGUAAUCGAGAAGACGGCUACCUGUGGGGUCUGGACAACCUCAUUGAUGUGCUAGCCAACAUGUUGCCACUGACCUGAAUGUCUUUUUGAACACGCGUGGAAAUUUACUCUCAACCGAACGACACAUGGAUUCUGAAAUGGCUGUUGUCAGAAUUUACAGGAAUAUACAGUCGCAAUCAGAGGAACGGAAACCUUUUAGAGGUUGGUUACAAUACAAGUAAAAACUGCAAGUAAAUACUUUCCAGAAGAAAUUUUUUAUCUGCAAAUCAGGCCCGCAACUCUGGUCGAAGGAUCAUUAAUAAUCCUUUGGCCUUAUACGGCAAAUCCAGUGUUACUGAUAAUUAGACUUACCUGCACUGUGCCAGAGCCAAACACACACUCUGUUUUUCCAGCCUCAGCAGAUGUCUGACCCGACUGUCUGGAGACGACCUGCUCACUAUUUCAGGAAACACACGGCUCUACCAAUUAUAGGCUAAAAAUACGGACAUCCCCUGUGACUUAUCGGUUUAAAUGUCACAUUGUGUCGUUAAAAUGGUGCUAAGACUAUAAAGCUAAAAAAGAAAAGUGGACUUUUUUUCUGCAUUUCAUUUGUUUGCCUCUUGAUCAUUAUUUGAUAACGGAGAGAAAUGAGAACCGGAGCUGUGACGAGUAAUUGAGUCGUCAACGACUGUUUAAUUAAAUGCCAACUAUUUUGAUAAUUGAUUCAUUGGUUUGGGUAAUUUCUUAGGGGGAAAAAAAGAUUAAAUUUGUGGAUCCCAGCUUCAUAAAUUUGAAUAUUUUCUAGUUUCUUACUACUCUGACUGUGAACUAAAAAUCUUUGUGCUGUGGACAAAAAAAGACAUUUAAGGACAUCAUCUUGGACUUUGAGAAACACUGAUGGACAUUUUUCACCAUGUUCUGAUAUUUUAUAAACCAAACAUGUAAUUGAUAAUUGUGACAGUAGUUGACAUAUGAAUUGACAAUGUACAUAAUUAUAAAUUUGUGUGUUGGUAAA